CAGCCCAAACACUCCAUUCCUUUGCAGGAAGGAAACCCCACACAGCUUCCCUAAUCCUGCAGAAUGGUGAGUCGGCAGAGUUUGAUGUGCUUUUCAAACCCAUCCUGGCCCAGCGGGUGGAAGGGAAAAUCCAUCUGUCAGUGGUGGACAAUCAGUAUGAGGAAACCUGCAUUCAGAUGGUGGGAGAGGGCUACCAAGACGAUAUCACGCUGGAUAACAUCCAUGGGCUGGUAGCAGAGAGCAACGAGGAGAAUGCAGAGGGGCAGCUGGAGGAGGACAGAGUGGAGGCUGCCAGAGAAGAUCACAUCCAGUUUGGGGACUGUCACAUCGGGAGGCCCUACCAGGUGACCUUCACGAUAACCAAUCGCAGCAAAGCAGACGUGAUGAGGUUUGAAUGGCCUGCUGCGGCUUCGCUUGUCUUCUCUCCCCAGGUAUACAGGGACCACUUUGUUUUAUCCCAUGCACAAGAGGUUGCUCAGCAAGUGAUGUGUAGUUAGCAGAGCACUGACCCAGAGCUAGGUGGCAGUGCCCUGGCUGCCAUGCAGGUGCUCCAGUUUGUGUCUUGGGUCAGUUCUCUGAAUCCUUGGACUUGCAAAGGUGGGAGGCAGAACUGUCAGCCCUCGUGGGGGAGUCAUGGGAUCCCACCCUGCUGGGAAACUGCUCUUGCUCCCUGAGGGCUUUCGGUUGCAGAAUUCCACUGGGUUCAGAAUGGCCAUUCCCUUUUUAA